AUGUACAAUUACACCUCAAUACACGGUUUAUUUAUAAUCUGUGAAAAUGACGCACAAACCCCUAGGGUACUUGAACGGAGUAAAUUUCGAGGGCAGUGAUGGUCUUGUGUUCAAAAUCAACAUUUAUUUUUAGGAUUUAGAUAAAGUUUGAUACCCUAAAGCAAUCAUAUCUUCGGUAAACUUGACUAUAAGCGUCAUCCACCAUUUUCAGUACAAUAGAUUAUGCCAUGAUAGAGGUUAGAUUCAAAUGUGGUCAUUAUGUUAAUCAAGGGACAUUUUUCCGUUGUAAAAGGAUAACCGACAACUACAGGUACAAUGCACAAUUACCAAAGAUUGUUGUGUUUACAUAGCGCAUAAUUUUCAUGGGAUCGAUAAUGUAUAUUUUGCGAGCCCAAUUGUGAUCAAAAUCAAAAUUACCUGUAAAUCGUUCUUGAUUAAAAUUCAUCGCACAUUCGUGUACGAUACGGUCCAGCUAUUAUUUAACAUGCACUAUUUCGUGAACUUUUAAAACCUUAUCUGGACUGUGUAUGUCUUUAUUGGGAUCCAUUCAGUGUACGUGAGAGCAGAAACGUAAAACGUCAUUGACUAUAAGCGUCAUCCAUCAUAACAUCAAAGCUUGUCAAUCGGCGACCAGUCAGCUUUCAAUAAUGGCCAUUCUUUCUAGUAAUUGUCUGCGUGGAUAUACUUCUUAACUCGUCAGAGCUGCAUGAUGCCGUGCGAACCUAAACCCAAGGUGGGAAUCAUCGGGUCAGGGAACUUUUCCUGCGCCAUCGCCAAAAGAUUAACUAACGCCGGAUACCAAGUUGUCAUUGGAAGUCGUCGUCCGCGCAAUCUGUCGGAAGUGGACACGUGUCUUUGUAAUGUUACAGUGACGUCACUCGAGGACUGUGUCAAACAAGUUUCCAUAGUAUUUCUGGCGAUACAUUUUGAAAACUACAACGAUUGUUUGUCGAACCAUGAAGACCUUUUCACAGGAAAAAUUGUGGUGGACGUCUCGAACAGGCUUAAAGUCCCCAAACAUCGCUCUAACGCGGAAUAUCUCAGUUGUCUGCUGCCUAAUGCUAACGUUGUCAAGGGCUUCAACGUCAUAUCCGCCUAUGCCAUGGAAAAUCAGUUUGCGGGCGGAAGUCAGGAGGUCUUUAUUGCAAGCGAUAACAUUGGAGCGCGGGAAAAGGUUUCCGUUAUUGCGAGAGAUAUGGGAUUCGUAGCAAGUGAUUGGGGUCUUUUACAAUCAGCCAGGAGAAUUGAAUCGUAUCCCUUGAAAAUAUUCCCUGGAUGGAAAAUGCCCAUACUUUUUACAGUGGGGAUAUUCAACGUGUGGUUACUAUACAUAAUCUUUAUCUACUUUGUCAAGACCACCGCGUAUCGCUGGGAUCAAAUCUUCGUGAAAGUAUUGAACAAGCCUCUCUGUAUGACGGCAAUAACAGUUUACGCAUGUACAUACUUACCAAGCUCUUUUGCAAGUGCCUUUCAAUUGUUUCACGGCACAAAACACAUCAAUUUCCCCAACUGGUUAAAUAGAUGGCUGUUGACGAGAAAACAGCUGGGUCUAAUCGCCUUUGCGCUUGUUUGUGUUCAUGUCAUAAUGUCGGUUCUGAUCAUGAGUCCCACAUACCUGAGCUCCUGGUACCAAUCCACGACCAUAGUCAUUCCGGGAAAUCGAACAGAUGACGUCACAAUACCUAUAAAAACAUGGAUGGUUUGGAAGGGCGAGGCCGCAUGCUUAUUGGGAAUUUUAGCAUUCGUGUGUAUGUGCAUCAUUGCUUUAUCAACACUACCCUCAGUCACAAAAACUUUGAAUUGGAGAGAGUGGAGAUUUGUCCAAUCGAAACUUGGGCAUAUAACAUUGUUCCUCUCCAUGUGUCACGUGGUGAUAAUGGGCGCUCCCGGUUGGGCAAAAGGAGGACCAAUCAAAACGGUGCAAUCCAUCACGUUUCUGAGUCUGAUCAUUCCGUUCUUCACGCUUUUCUUCAAAAUUAUUUUUUCGCUUCCAUGUAUCAACAGUUACGUGCAGAGGAUAAGGCGUGGUUGGGAGACAUCUUAUUCAAAAUGCCGUGCUAAGUGCUCUCAGAAACACGCCACCUUUGGGAAAGUGUACUCUAAGCCCGUCGAUAAAGACACUAGUUCUGAGGAAGAUAUGAUGAUGGGGUCACAUGAGGAAUUUUCCUGUGAAUGUCAGGAUACCUCCAUAGUGUAGGGAGAAGUCCGAAACCUCUAUACUAUACCGUCACAGUACAUGGAGGAGGUCAGAAACCUCUAUACUAUACCGUCACAGUACGUAAGGAGGUCGGAAACCUUUUUACGGUUGGUACUGUAGAGGGAUGGGGUCAGAAACCUCUCUGUUGUAAAGUGAUUGAAAUUAGCAAAUGAAAGCAUCUUGUGGUCACAGGGUAUAUCUGAAAUAUUUAUUUUUUAUACAUGUUUGCUAUAGUUAUACUAUGCUAAGGAGGAUGUUUAUUCUAUAGUCUUGGUACUUGACUGUGUUUACAGUAGUUUAUUAGUAGUGUGUUCAAUGACGUUUCUGACAAUAGUCAAUAUAAUUUUGUGUUUCAAGUAUAGCUGCCAUUUAUUUAUUUUUUUCUUCCAGACAUCUAAAGAUUUUACAUAUUUUUACAUAAUUUCAAAUGGAACCGAUAUCUACGCCAUCACGAACAAAUUUAUCUCAAAUCAAGCCGGUCAUAUUUUUUUCUUUCUUAUUUAUUCUUUUUUCAUAUUCACAUAAUCAUCAGUAAAAGUAAUGAAGAUACAUAUUAAUCAUUUUAUACAUUCUCACACUCUUUCACACUACUAGUUCAGCAUUAUUGGUUGAAUACUUGUACGUGUAAUAUGAAGCCGGUCAUAUUUGAUUUCAUUGACCACGUUAUAGGCAGCAUGUAAACGAUUCUAAAUUUACUGGUAUUUACCUUUGAUAAGUUUCUAAUGAUGGCCAUUUCUUCCUGAAUGCGUUGUAAACAGUGCGCGUAUGAAUCUUGAUGAAUAUAACACAUCUAUUAAUGGCUAGGAAUUCCGACAGAAAUGAAAGUAGAAUGUAAAUAUAAGAAAUAAAUUUCAUUUUUUAGAAUACAUGAGUAUAUGAACUGCAACGCUUCACGCCGGGAUAUACUUUUCAAUUAGCGCUUCAUGAAGUAUACCGACGGAAAGCACCGGAGUGUGUGUACCCUCGUGUAUUUUCAAAAAAAGAAAAAUUUAUUUCCGAAGUGAACAAUAGUUUGGAGCUAUUUACAACUGUUCAUAACAUUGUACAUAUUUAUAAUUACUUGUAUGUCAUUAUACGGUGUAUGUUUACAUUGUUGCAUCAAUUUAUGCCAUUUCAUUAUGACACAUUGCAUGAAAUUUGUACUGAUUACGCUUGUAUAUAAAAAUAAAAGUCAAACCACA